UGCUCCUCUUUCUCUCUAACCAACACCACAACCUCAAUCUCUCCGAGUUAACAACAGCUUAGGUUCCAACAAACAUAACAUCCACCUACAACAGUGAUCACAAGCAACAAAGCCACCAUCCUAUAGUAUUAGUGCGCACUAAAGCACUCUACUUUCUUCAACAACACUCCUCUCUUGCUUGUUAGAGAUGAAAGGGAAAGCAUUGGGUGCCUUUAAAUCCAAGCUUCUCAGCCCAUGCAAAAGGCUACUAUUCUUCUUCAGACUUAAACCCAAGAAGCCUGUGUUUAUAAGAGCUCUCAAGUUCCGAGCUCAUAAGUCCUCAUUACCUAAGGCCUUUCCCAAAAGACCAACUAUGUCUUCUUUGUUGCAAUCAGUGUUUCGUUCUCCAAAGAAAUCUAAGCACACAAACACAGUGCAAGGACUCAGGAGUCCCUCCAAUGUUCAUGAUACUCCACUCUUUCCUUCGCUGCCCACACCGGCUUGUGCAAAGGCUUGUGAGGUGGAGAAAAGUGAAGAAGAUUCAAGGCAAGCGGUGGAAGAUGCCUGCAGGAGUUUUGAGAACUAUUUGGUGGAGAUGAUUGUGGAAGAAGGGAAGACCAGGGACUUGAUGGAUGUGGAGGAACUUUUGUAUUGUUGGAAGAACCUUAAGUGUCCUGUCUACAUUGAUUUGGUUAGUAGAUUUUAUGGAGAGCUUUGUAAGGACUUGUUUUCUCCUGGCACUGGGGACAGUAACAGUUCCCAGUGAAGGCAUAAGGAGAGAGUGCGAGAGUAAAUAGAUAUUGAUUUUUUAAUUUUCAAUUGAGUGUUCCCACAAAAUUGGAUGUGUGCAAUCUAUAAGUGUAGUAGUUUAUAUGAAAUGAUCCAUAUUGACUUAUUUA